AAACCGCUGUUCCUCAGCUGAUAUAUGACAUCUACCCCCCUGCAGAAUUUCAGUGCCAGGCUGAAGCCCACCGCCUCAGUUUGUUUUCAGGAGAGUAACGUAAAUGACCCAACAACCAGGAUGAUAGACAAUCAAGAGUUUAUGGUGGAGGCUUACCCGCGGGAGCUCACCCAGAACCCGCUCAGGAAGAUCUGGAUGCCGUGCAAAAACGGCCACAUCGCUCAUAGACGCGUGUGCAUGACAAACUGCCCGACCCUCAUUGUGACAGUUGGACUUCCAGCUCGAGGGAAAACCUACAUUUCAAAGAAGCUCACACGCUACUUAAACUGGAUAGGCGUGCCAACAAAAGAGUUCAAUGUUGGCCAGUACCGGAGGGAGUGCCUGAAAAUCUACAAGUCCUUUGAGUUUUUCCGUCCAGACAAUGAAGAAGGCCUAAAAAUCAGACGUCAGUGCGCUUUGUCAGCUCUUAAUGAUGUACGGCAGUACCUGAGCGUCGAAGGAGGACAGGUUGCGGUCUUUGAUGCCACUAAUACAACAAGAGACAGAAGAAGGACCAUCAUCAUGUUUGCUGAGCAGAAUGGAUACAGGGUUUUUUUUGUGGAGUCUGUGUGUGAAGACCCAGAGGUCAUUGCCCAAAAUAUAGUGCAAGUUAAGCUGGGAAACCCAGACUACAUUGACUGCAACUCAGAUGAGGCCAUCAAGGACUUCAUGAAGAGAAUAAAGUGUUAUGAGUCAUCCUACCAGCCUCUGGAUGAGGUUCUCGACAGGGAUCUGUCCUACAUAAAGAUAAUGGACGUGGGCCGUCGUUACCUGGUGAACCGUGUCGUUGACCACGUCCAAAGCCGAAUUGUCUACUACUUGAUGAACAUCCACAUCACACCGCGCUCCAUCUACCUCUGUCGCCACGGUGAGAGCGACCUCAACAUCAAGGGACGCAUCGGAGGAGACUCGGGCUUGUCUGACAGAGGAAAAGAGUUUGCCAAACGUCUGAGGAAUUUCCUCCAGGAGCAAAACAUCAAAAAUCUUAAAGUGUGGACGAGCCAGAUGAAGAGGACAAUCCAGACCGCGGAGAUCCUUGGAGUGUCGUACGAACAGUGGAAAUCUCUCAAUGAAAUUGACGCUGGCGUGUGUGAGGAGAUGAUGUAUGAGGAAAUCCAAGAGCGUUACCCUCUGGAGUUUGCCCUGAGAGACCAAGACAAAUACCGGUAUCGCUAUCCGAAAGGAGAGUCAUAUGAAGACCUGGUUCAGCGGCUGGAGCCUGUGAUCAUGGAGUUGGAGAGACAGGAGAACGUUUUGGUGAUUUGUCACCAGGCAGUCUUGCGCUGUCUUCUUGCAUAUUUCCUGGACAAGACUGCAGAUGAGUUGCCUUAUCUUAAGUGCCCUUUGCACACAGUACUGAAGUUGACCCCAGUGGCUUAUGGAUGUGAAGUGGAGUCUUUCUGUUUAAGCGUGGAUGCUGUAAACACACAAAGAGACAGACCAGAGAGAUUGUAAACUUUCACUCACACGUUCACUGUCCGUCCUCCAGUGAUCCCUGACAGCAAUCAAAACAACUGUGAAGUUGCUUAUUAUUGACAUUUCUACCUCUUUUCUCAUCAGCUAUGACUUUGACUUUUUCCUCAGGUUUGCCAUCUGAGUAAGAGCUGCAUGCUCAGAUGGCUGUUUUAAGAUAAAUAAAUUAUCUGUGUGCGCUCAUGAACAUGUACCAAUAGCUUUGUGUUAGACUGUGGUUGUGUGAAACGUUGUGUUUGGAGUUAGGCAGGUGGUUGAUAGUGUCAGAGUGAGUAAAGGGUAUAUGUAUGCUAAUCAAAUAAAAAAAAAAAACAGAAAUUGCACGUUUUAUGCUGUGAAGUACAUUUUUAACUUUGUUUUAAAUCUAUUUUCUCAGUAGAUGAUGUUUUCAGUUCUGGUUGAUGUGUAAUUUAACUGAACACAAGUGAACUCGUACACCUCAGCAUUGAUUCUGUUUACUGCAGUGGUCUCACUGACUGAAGUCGACCCAUCCUGUGUUAUUGUCUUAAGUUUAAAUAUGUGGCAAGUGUGUGAACACAAUGAGGAAAAAUAACAGGGGCACUCCAUCAGUGUUUUUAAGUUGUUUUAAUGGCAUUUCAAAAAAUUAAUUUAUUUCUGAUUGUGGCUGAUUUGUAUUUACAUUCAUUAUUUAUAGACGUGUAUUUUAAUGUAGCUUGUUUUCUUAACUAUGUGAUGGAGACUGUUGCUUUAAAUCUCAACAUUUUUGCUGCUUCUAAAAUGAUUCACAGUUUCACCAUUGCGAUGUAGGCUUUGUGUCUGUGCUACCAAAGUGAACAUGUCGAACCUCCAAUAGAACCAAUAAGUUGUUUUACAAAAAAUCAGCAUUAAUGUUAACUUGCUGCUGGAUACAAAAAGACUUUGAUUUAAUUGAAUGUAACAUCAUUUCUUCUCAACUGUGUUGAGUCUUACACAUUGUACACAUAAAAAUCUAGAUAAAAAUAAAUACGUUUGUUUCUCACACUAUUCUUUUGGUCAAAGUGUUUAUUUUGUCAAAGCUAAAUUACACAAAGUGAUUACACUUAACGCAGAAAACUGACUUCAAGUCAUACAUGUCAGUGGGGUGUGGGUAGAUGUUUGAUCAGCGGGCUGAUAUUAGCCGUUUGGUGAUGUGUUAACACUGAUGUUUAUAACAGCUGAAAAAUGUAAAUUGAGUGUUGCUGUGGUACAAUUUAUGCAUGGUUUCUCCACCAGAGGGCACUCUGCAGCUUCCCUGUUAGCAACACACAUUUGGAAGGCCACAAAUAACAACCAGCGGGUCUGAGUAGCCGGGCUGAAUAAAUAACUACACAUUACAAAAGUAUCAGUGUAUAUGAAUGUCAGGUUUUUAAAUAACCAAAUAUCAGUAUUAACAAAUCUGACAUCAGUCGUGCUCGAGUGUGAAACGGAAUAAGUUAUAAAUAAUUAAGCUGUGUAUCAAUACUUGUACAAUUAAAUGCUAGCUUCUGUAAUGCCCUUUUAACACAUAUUAAAAAUCUGUUUGACUUUCGUACCGCUAAAGGCCUCUGGAAUAUGUUUUAAUUAUUUGAAAUCAACAGUUUAAACAGAUUUUUUUUAAUGUCAUCAUUAAGAAUCACUGUAGCUGCACUCACAAGGUCUGCUACUAUCACCUCAUGAGACAAUGGCUCAUUCUUAUAGUGAAUAUGGAAAUCAGGUAAUUAAUGAACAAGUGAAUUAAUGUAAAACUAAAUGUAACUCAGUUUUUUCCUCUCG